UGGCACUUGUUUGUGCUGCUGGUUUCCGGUGUGCAACGAUUGCGCGAUUGGGAGGUUCCAUCGAGCGAGCAUGUACGGUGUAGCUCGCUGAAUCUUCAUGUUGCGAUGGAGCCGAUUGCCAUAUAAGAAUGCCGAAUCCUUAGUCUCUAUGUUGCCAGGGAGGAAAAUCUGAGACCCCAACCGUAGUGUUCACCCAGCCGUUCUAGGGACACGGCAAAGAUGGUGAAUAGACGGUUCUCAUAUCAUCAGAAUUUAUUCUUGAUAGCUUGCCUUCUGGAGAGGAACAGCUUCCUUUUCCAAACCGGGGAUCAGAGGUCUUUCAAUGAUGUUCUCCGUCGAAAAGCGGCGGACUGGGAACCAAAGAUAGGGAAUGACACAUUGGCCUGGAAGAAAAGGGACCAAAAAAAUAAUACAACUUGGGAGAAGAUUGCACUUGCACUUACCGGAGGAAAUUACGGGUUCCGAACGAUUUCCUUAAAGGAUCUGCGCAUGCAACUGGCCUUCAUCCUCUUGGAGAUACAACGGAUCUCUACCGAUUUCGACAUUCGAAUAGAGAGAAGGGAACGAACUCAAAAUCUCGACGCGCAGGAAACCCUACUCCUUCUUGGGGUCAGUCUUGGUAUCAGGCCGCUUCGACUAGAUCCACCUAAUUUCUGGUCUUUUAAGGGUCUCGAUGAGUUGGCUAAGCUUCUUGCUCAGUCUCCGGUAUUUCUGGAUGGCAUCUCGGCGUGCGACCUGGAACAAGCAAUAACAUCGCUUGAACUGCUCUUCAGAACUUUAGACUCCCAAUCUCACGAAGCAGGCCUAAAUGUUCCGAUGUCCCUAGGAAAGCGGCGAUCCGAUAGCGAUCUUCAUCGUAUCUCCAAGAAACUGCGAGAGGACACGGGGAUAUGAGAGCUUGGGUGCGAGGCAAUAAGCAUAAGGCAGAAAUGGGAGG